AUGUUGGUACGAACAUGCUUCGCCAAUCUGAGCAGUGGACUCUGCCUUCCAUCGGUAGUGCCUGUGCUUCAAGCAGGGAGGCACAUGCAUAUCAUUGGCGCUGAAUUUCGGCUGCGCGUUGAGUCUCAGAACUUCAAUUGCGCCGACCACGGCACUCUUCUUCGACACCACCUCUCAACCACAAAGUUGGAAGGGUGCCCUUCACCAGAAGCCCACACGAAGAACAGCGCUCCCGUCGCGCUCGCAAUCAAACCCGGCAUGCCUAUCAUCUCCCAUGCCGAUGUGGAUGACCUACACUUCUUCGACACGGAUGCCGAGGACAUCUCACUCGCGCACCAACGCUACAUCCUGGUGGCUACCGAUCGAGUCAAACGCCUGGACGGCAGUGAAAGUUUACCUCAACAUCGACUUCGUGGAUUUGUCGUCAACCGCGCUAAUUUGACGGAGCUUCCCGUGCCCGACUCGGCUUCCCUCCUUUUCCUGCACCAAAUCCACGUUACGAAGCUGUCAACCCCAACAAUCACGUCUACAACUUCGUGCGCCCGCACGCAAGGCUACGGCAAAAUUCAAGCCAACGACAUGGGUGUUCCAACCAAAUCACCGUCAAGCGCAACCUAUUCAUCCCUUCCGCAGUCCAGAAAAAUCGCGAUGGACAAUGCAAAAGGUGUCAAAUCAAGCAUUCACGCCGACGAGACGUACAACCGACAGGGAACGUUGGAAGUCGCCGCGCUCACGCCAGACCACGACUUGGAGACAAACACUUCUGUUGACCCGACCAUGUUUGGAAGCACGCACUCCUGCGCGCAAUGCGGAGGGCUCCCUCACAUGAAGGAGACAGGUACCUGGGCCGACUUCAUGGCUGACCCAACUUACCAAUUUACUCUGCCGUCGAAUGUGAACGCGAUGUCCUAUCCGGACGCCCUGAAAAGCGGCCCUUUCGUUGCACCUUCGUACCCGACUAUUCCUCCUUGCAAGCUCUUGGGGAUGCCCGCCGAAAUCCGAAACGACAUUUUCGAAUUGGUAUUCACCGCCGAUUCGUCUUCCGAGGAGGAAGUCGACCUCCUGGCUGCCCGUGCUCCAUCAGGCAACCUACUCCGGACGUCCUCAAAGAUUUACGCGGGAGCCAAAGGAUUCUACGCCACUGGCCGCGCCGCCUAUUGGUCAACCACAUCCUUCAUCAUCGAGCGCAAAGACAAGACAGCAAAAGCCGCAUUGACCGCUAUCCCGAACGCCGCUCUGCAAAAAAUCACCAAAUUGAAGCUAAAGCUCCCAAUUACCGGUACUCUCAGCACGAAGUACGUGUUCGGUCGUGCUCCCGAGAUCGCAACGAUGGGAACCACCGAAUGGCUGCCACAAGUCCAGCGCUGGGAGAUCCGCAGCGAAAAUCGGGCCCAGUAUCUUUUCCACGCAAGCAUUCAAUACAGGUCAAAUGGUCACCUUCGGAUCGACUUCUCCUCGAGAAACAUAUCGAACAGGGAGGCACCUUGUCCAGCUGCGACCAGGAGCCAAGCGCCCGGGCGUGUGGCUGUACCGAUGAAGCAGCAGAUCCGAUUGAUCUUCGCACUUUUGGAAGUGAAGGUGGAUGAUGUAUUGAUCUGGCCCGAGGAGCCGACAAUGGUCUGGUUGAUGGAUAACGUCCAUGGUCAUUGCUUCUCAUCCGGAUCCACCUCAUCAACACAACCAAGCGCUUGCGGACAUCAAGCAACGAUGAGCACACCAGAGGUGAAAGAGCUAGCCGUGGCGAAAAGAAUUGGAGCUUCUGCAGUUGAAGAUGGAGAGUCUGUCACGAUCCACGGGACAUGCAGUAUGACUUCAACAUUGCAGACACAAGGACCCCGCGACACCACUUCGCACAAGUCGCAACCAUCGACUGUGGUCGGUCCAUCGCCAUGUCCACUCCUCGAACUCCCGGCGGAGCUGCGAAACGCGAUUGAAGAGCUCGUCUUCACUCCCGACACCCUUCACGAUGAGAAUGAAGAAGUCGAUCUCUUUGCCGCGAAUCCACCAUCCAUCAGCCUACUCCUCGUCAACUCCACCCUGCUCUCCGAGACGAAAGGCUUCUUUGCUGCUGCGCAAGAAUCUUACUGGUCAAAUACUGCAUUCAUCAUCAACGGCAAUGACGACGCCGCAAAGGCUACUCUCGCCUCAAUCCCGGAGACCGCGCUCGCGCGCAUCACGAAAUUGACAAUCCGGUUCCCGCAUGGUCGCCGCUUCCCAUACGUCGAUCCGUCCGCCCCGACCCCUACAUCCCGCACUCCACCCACUGGCGCGAUCGAACUCAUCGCAGACGGUCACUGGAAGGUCUGCGGCGAGGGCAGUUUCCGGCCAGAAGUGUGGCUUCGCUAUGGCGGGUACGAUGGAGGGAUCAGUGUCAUUUCCACCCUCGGCCCUACGACAGGCAUGGAGAGCUUGAUGAGAGGUGGAUCACGAUUCACCACCGAGAGCCUUGUGCCGUUGCGAGAGCAGAUUGUGUGGAUGUGGGAAAAGCUGGAGGAUCAAAUUGACCUGCAACCUCGACUCUCAAGUUGGUUUCGCUGA